UCCUUCCACUGCUUUCCCUCGCCCAUGGCUGUGGCUGAUAAUUGACAGAAAGUUGCUAACUUGAAGCCCAAGACUUAACCUUUACAAAAACCCAACUCUCAUUGGCUCUCUCUCGUCACUACUAGCACCAAAAACACUUACCUUUCUAUUGAACCAGACUUCAAAGCACAAUCACACACAGAGAUAUGGAUCUUAAUGACCUCAACAAAGUAUGGGAAAUCAAACCCCUGAAAAAGGUUGAAGAAGAAGAUGCAAAGAAAGUUCUCGAGAAGGAAUGUGAGGAACUGAUGGCUAAAGGAAUAACUGGAACCGGGCAAGGAUUUGGUCUUCCCGGGAGAGGGUUGGGUGGGUUCUCCCGUCAACCCCGCCCAUCUGCUUUGGCUGCCGCAGAGAACAGAGCACGACGUGAUACUCUCUUGCCAUCAGGUCCUAAACGUGUAGGUGGUGACAACAAUAUUAAGGCUGCGCUCAGCCCAAUAGAAGCUGCUGCGCCAUGGCUGCUGAAAGGAGAUUACACGAUGACUUGUGGUGUGGUUCCAAGUCUUCAGAUAGUGUCACUUCUAUCGAAGGAAAUGUUGGACGUGCUGAAGGCUCAAGUACUUCCGUGAGUUCCGAAGGCAUAUCUGCCCAAACUUCACCCAUGACAUCCAUGAGUGGUCCGGAAUCGAUAGGUGACCAUCCAACAUGGCAGUGUAAUACCUGUACUCUAUUGAAUCAGGUUAAGUUUUUCAUAAAUAAUCAUCGACUUUUCUUUUCAGUUGAAGGUCAAACUGAUGCAUUUUUUCAACUGCAUUUCUUCAUGAACCUGUCCUUUAAUUGCCACCAUCUCUAUUGCAUUGUGCCAAGCAGUGUUUUAAGAAACUUGAAACUUUCAAUAGAUGACCUCUGUGUGCGCGCGUGUUUGUGGACAGCAUGUGCGUGUGAAACUGUGAAUUGCUUUCUGAACUCUAAAGAGUUGAUAUUAUUGCAGCCAGUGGCACAGAUAUGUGAAAGCCUGUGGGACCCAAAGACAUAAAGAUGUUGUCAAGUUCAAGGUUUGGUUUGGUUUGGUUUUGUUAUUUCUUAUUUAAGUUAUGGUGCCAAGGUUUGUUUGGGAACACGCGUUACACCACAAAAGCAGGCACUAAAACAAGUGGAAUGUUUAACUAGAGCUUUUUUGUGUUUAGUAAUGCAUUUCACCGGUGUUUAUUAAAAAGUAUCAAAUUGAUACAAAACAUAUUCUUACAAAAAUACAUUUGCAUCGCAUUAACAAAA